AUGACGGCCGCCAAUCAGGCCCGGCGGCGGACCGGUGGCCCAGUGCAGGAGAUUCUUCCAGCGGUGCUUCAGUUUACAGCAGCAGCUGAAAAACUUCCCCUCUCCUUCACUGUCAGAGUUGGAGAUGACGUCACUUUGCCUUGUGAAAAUGUGAUAGACGGUCAGCAAAAAUGUGAAUAUACUACAUGGCUCUUCAGUGGUUCAGGGAGCAGAUCAGCAGUAGAGCUGGUUACACUUGGGCAGAUUGGUGAAAACAGCAAAGCUAAAUCAGACAGACUGAGUGUUACAGAGAACUGUUCUCUGGUUAUAAAGAAGGUCACAGUCGAGGAUGUUGGUCGUUAUUACUGCAGACAGUUCAAAUCAGGACAACAACAAGCUCCAGACUCUCAGGUUCAUCUGUCUGUUAUUAUCAUGACUGAACGUAAGGACGCUGAUGAGGUGACGUUAAACUGCUCUGUGUUGAAAUAUGGACAGUCCUGUAGACACACAGUGAAGUGGCUGUAUGAGGGUAAAGAUGUGGACAAAGACAUGAAGACAUCACAGUCUGUCUGCUACGCCACUGUGUCUUUCCUGGAUUCUCAUUUUAUUAACAAAUCAAAGUCUAAUGACAGCAGAUGGUAA